GCGGUGGUGAUCCAUCCAUCCACCGGACCAGGUACAGUCGAGUGCUUUCUUCGAGGGAGGCCCCUCAGUCGCGAGUUUAGUUACCGUGGUUUUUCGCUAAAUUUUUCGUUAUUUCUAAUCGUUUCGGUCAAAAAUGGUCCAUUAAAGUGUUGUCGGUGUGAUUCCGAUCGAAAUGUGAUAGUUUAUCGUGGCAAAAAACGCUCAUCAGUUGGUGAAAUCAGCGAGUGAAAAUUCGAAAUAUUGGAACGAGCACGCGACGCAUGGUUGCGGCAUUAUUUUGAUAAACGAAAAGCAUCCCAGGAACUGAAUCGAAGCGAUGUUAAAUAAAGUGUUGCUGUUCUUCGUCGGCCUACGGCUGGCGUCCGUGUUCCUGGUGCGGACCUGGUACGUCCCGGACGAGUACUGGCAGAGUUUGGAGGUGGCUCAUCGGCUUGCAUUUGGGUACGGACACCUCACAUGGGAAUGGACGUAUGGCAUCCGUAGUUAUGUGUACCCUUCGAUCAUAGCUGCUGUGUACAAGUUGUUGGAACUGGUCAAGAUGGAUUGCGUCGAGCUGCUCGUUCUGUUGCCACGUGUGCUUCAGGCCCUUCUUUCGGCUUAUUCGGAUUAUCGGUUCUACGUGUGGUCGAACAAGAGCAAGUGGUCCAUUUUCAUGGCAGCCACAUCGUGGUUCUGGUUCUACACGGCAUCUCGUACACUGUCGAAUACUUUGGAAGCAUCGCUAAUGGUCAUAGCUCUGAGCUACUUCCCGUGGUCAGGGUCGGAAUGCACUGCCUUCUUGUGGCCUGUAGCCAUAUCGGUUUUCCUGAGACCCACCUCUGCCCUCCCGUGGAUUCCACUGUGCCUGUAUCAUAUGAAGAAAUCGUCGUAUCCUGUAUGGGAGUUGUUGCUGAAACGGUACCUGGUGAUUGGGUUCGUUGUCGGCACAUUUGCUGUAGCUGUCGAUACCUUCGUACAUGGAUCGCUGCUGUUAUCCCCAUACGAGUUCCUACGUUUCAACGUAUUAAAGGGUAUUGGAAGCUUCUACGGCGAACAUCCAUGGUACUGGUACGGCAACGUGGGUCUUCCAACUGUUCUGGGAAUCGGAACACUGCCGUUCCUGUUCGCUGCUGUGGAAACCAUUCGUCAUCGCCAGGUCUUCAAAGAACGAGCUAUCCUGCUUUUAAGUGUAUUGUUUACGGUUGUGGUCUACUCGUUUUUACCACACAAGGAAUUCCGUUUUCUGCUACAAGUUCUUCCGGUUUGCCUCUACGUUUCAGCAGAUUUCUUGUCCCGCUGGAGUAGGAAAGCUUCUGGUAAACUUGUUUGGCUGGCUGCUGUUGUGCUGCUAGUUGGAAAUGCCAUUCCGGCAUAUUAUUUAAGUUUCGUCCACCAGCGUGGAACUUUGGACGUAAUGUCUUCGCUGCAGAAUGUCGCAAAGAACUAUCGAGAUGACAAUGGUCAAGGUGCGAAAUUCUUGUUCCUGAUGCCUUGCCAUUCUACGCCUUUCCACAGCCACAUCCAUCAAAACACGACCAUGCGGUUUUUGCGUUGCGAACCCAACUUUUCCGAAGACCAUGUCUACAUUGAUGAAGCCGACACUUUCUACAAGGAUCCAAUCAGCUGGCUCCGCCGAAAUAUUCCAGUUCAUCCACGCAGUGCCAUGCCAUCCCACGUAAUUGCAUUCGACGUUCUAGAACCAGAAAUCAAGGAUUUUCUUGCAAACUAUGAGAAGAUGGAAUCAUUUUUCCAUUCUGAUUACACAACUGACAAAGUUGGUGGAAAUGUGGUUAUCUAUGAGAGAUACAACCCCAAUAAACCUACAACACCAGCGCCACCUGCGGCAGAGGAAGAACCUGACAAUCAACCGACUGAGGGCGAAACAGAGGCCUAAAAAGACCGACCUUCUUAUGCUUAAGAUUUCGUGUGCAUUUGACAUUACUUUUUAUUUGUGUCUUUAAACGUUUCCGUGGAACCAAAUUAUUUCUUUUUGGUUGAAAAUUAUAUUUUUUUUUAUUUAAUGUGCGGCAAUUAACAGUAGGCUUUUGGGCAUAAAGUUUGGCAAUUGAAUUCAGCAUUCGCGUACUUUUUCAUAUUUUCGUAAUCUAGUGUAAGAAUCGAACAAACUUUCUCUGGGAAAGAAUGUGCAGCAAUUUUUCGAUUGUGAAAAACGUUUAGAUAGGUAUGUACUGACAAACUCGAUUACCCGACAAGAUUGUGUCAAACUGAGACAUGUCACUCGGCGAAAUUGAAACUUCACUGCCGUAGAGUCAUAUGUCCUAGAUAUAGUUUCCUGAUUAGCUGAAACCUUGCUAAGAUUACCAUGUUUUUACGAAAUAAAGUGUUCAUAUUUUAAUAA